AUGGGCUUCACCUGGUCAACCUCCUCCUCAACCUCAACCUCCGUCUUCACAUCCGCAAGCACAUCCACCAGCCGCAACGGCCAGCAACCUGAAGAGCACCACAGUGCCCAGCAGUACAGCAAGUCCACCCAGACAAGCCCGGACGGCACGACGACCGUGCGCACGAUCCGCCACGUCCUCGGGCAGCCGAUUAUCGUUGAGGAGCACCGGUAUGAUAAGGACGGGCGCGAACUUGCGGCACUCCCUGAUGCGAGGAGUGAUGGGAUGAGGAGGAUUGAGGAGGUUGGCGAUGAGGAGUUUGAAUAG